AUGAUCACCUACAUUCUGCUCGUCUCCCGGCAAGGGAAAGUUCGCCUCGCGAAAUGGUUCACGACGAUGCCCCAGAAGACCAAGGCCAAGAUCGUCAAGGACGUCACACAACUAGUUCUCGCGCGAAGGACGCGCAUGUGCAAUGUUCUCGAGUACAAAGACACGAAGGUCGUAUACCGGCGAUACGCGUCGCUGUUCUUCGUAUGCGGGAUCGCCUCAGGGGACAAUGAGCUCAUUACAUUGGAGAUCAUACACCGAUACGUCGAGGUGCUCGACCGCUACUUCGGGAAUGUGUGCGAGCUUGACUUGAUCUUCAACUUUCAGAAAGCGUAUGCCAUCCUGGACGAAUUGAUCAUCGCCGGCGAGCUUCAGGAGUCAUCCAAGAAAUCCGUGCUCCGCGUCGUGACACAAGCCGACAGCAUCGAAGAGCAAGAGAACAGCGAGGACACGAUGGCGCGCCUAGGUAGCCUCGGUUCUCGGGGGCCAUAA